UGGGGAGAGUGGGGUAGGGGAUGGCAGAUUGUUUCCUCUGCUUGAUAAGGCUAAGGAGAGACCCAGGUACCCAGUCUGGGUCUCCCUGGCAGAUUGAGGACAGAGAAUGCACCUGCCGGCAAGGUGGACGCCCUCCUCGCCGCCCCGCUCCGGCCUCACUGCCCACCAGGAAUGCUCCCUUUUGGUCCGCCGGUCUUGGACUCUGCUCUCUCCUGAUAUCCUGCUGUGUGCGGGGUGGGGGGACCUCAUGGAAGCAGGCAGCCUGUAAUGAUUAACCGCACAGACACUCCAGCAUUCUUCCCGAAUUAAACUGUAAAAGAGCUGCCCCGCCUUCUCUCAUUGGGUAUUUUUCCUGAGUGAGAGUGGGCGGGGCCUCAGAGUCCUGGGUCCUCCCUUCUAUUAGGAGUCAUCCAGGGGUUUCUCACCUUCUCACCUGGGCCCUGCACCCUAAAAGGUUAUAAGCCUGUCCCGUGGGGGCGGGGCGUGGAGUACUGGGCGGACAGGGACGCUCCCGCCACAUCCAGGCCCCUGGCCCAGGCCUCAGUCCCGCAAGCCCUUCCCCCUACUCUGGGAAGUAGAGUUGUUUUCUGUUGGCCCUGAACACCGGGCCCCGCCACCCGCCCUUAGGGCCAGCCAGGUGGGGCGAGAUUCAGGAAGUAAACAAGGAGGUUGGGAGGACGGGAACGCGGGUGGGGCUGGAGCCACUGGGGGAGGAGGCAGCUGGGAAGACACCGCCGGAGUUACCUCGUUGAGGGGACAAACUGAUUUUGGGGGUCGGUUUUUCCAACCGAAACUUUCCCGGUGCCUCAGUUUCAAAACUCCAGAUCUCUAAGCUGCCAGGCCUACAGCCAGGACCCCUUCCCCUCCCUGCUCACCCCUUUGGUCUUGAGGAUUCCACCCGCCUCCAGCCUUAGAAGGGGCUGAAGGGCCCGGGUGGGGGGAUCUGAAGGCAAACCCCAGCCUUGGGCUGGCCCUCUCUGAUCUCUGAGGCCAGGCUGUAAUGUGAUUCAAAUCCACUUCUAACCCCUUCCAAGCGCUGCCCUCCUGAAUUCUCUGCUCCUCUCCCCACCCCACUGUUGGCCCCCUGCAACCUGGAAUGAAGUCACCAGGGCUGUUUGGAGACCGGGGCUGUUUGGAGGGUAGACUGGGGUGGGAGUGGGGGAUCGUGUUCUGAUAUUGAGGUGCUGGUGUCUCUUGCUAGCGGGUGGUGGGUAUAUCUUGCCCCUCCUGGCAGGACCCUGGGCCCCCUCCCUGGCCUUUCAUCCUGUCUGUCUGUCUUUUUGAGUGUUUUCCCUUUCUGCUCCUGCUCCUGUGGUACCCCUCUGGCCGGGACACCCAGGAGAAUGUGUCGGGAGGAACCUCAUCCACACGGGGCGGGGGCUCUGAGGGAUGCUUUGGGUGGGGAGGGGCACCGCUGGGACGCUGGCUUCUCUCCAAAUGGGCCUCUGAAUCCAGGCCGGGCAUUGCCUCUCUCUUUCCCAGGUGAGGGACUCCCUGGCAAGGCGGUGGUUUGGCACUGGGGGUGAGAGCAGAUCACAGGUCCCACCUGGCCUGGAGCUAGGCCGAGGGUGGGGAGGAGGAGGUGAUGUCAGAGGAGCCUCAGGCCCCACAUGUUCCUCCCCCAUCCUGUUCCCAGCCCCAUGCCUCCCCCAUUCGGCUGUGGCUACCAUUGGGUUGGGGAGUUGGGGGGAGGGUAGCGGCAGGGCUGUUUUUGUUUCUCCUAAGCCAGGAAGUUGUGUGGAUGAGUCAAGGUUGAAUGGAGAGCCCUAGGCAGUGUUGUCCCGCCUGCCCUGACUCACCUGUCCCCCAAAUCCCCUGAUGCCCUCACUGAGGGGUCAGGUGCCUGCGCCCUCCUGAGGGGUCAAUCCCAGGUGUCCCAGGUGGCCUCAUAGUACUGGCCCAGUGUUCGGAGAACAGGCUAGGGGCUGGGAUUGCAGGUUCUCCCAGGUCUCAGUCCAGCCAAAGGGGUCUGCCUGGUUCCUGAGGAGGAGGGGCCAGCCCCACCUCCACCUCUAGUGCUCGCCUUUGCCGGCCCUCCUGUCUUUACUUGUCCUGAGUGUCUGUGCAGCCCCUGUAAGUGAUAAGACAUGGGUGAGAUUGGCCUUGCCUGGGGGUACCGGGUGCCCUUGGACAAAUGAGUAGAUAGGACAGGUGCGCAGUAAUGGAUGAUGUAGCCCCUGCACAGUGCUGAGAGGGAGUCGUUCACUCAGAAUGUGGAAAGCCAGGAAGGCUUCUCAGAGGAAGUGGCUCUAGCAUUGCAGCCUCAGGAAAGAGUUGGGCAGGAGGAUGGCCUGGGGAGGGUACGCAAGGUUUAGGGGCUGCUGUGGCCAGGACGCCUACCCCAGGUCUGCUCUCCCCCUUGCACUGAAGCGGAGCCGGCUCUCCUGACUUUCUGGCUCCCAUCCUUCCCCACCUCCUUCUCCCCCCUGCAUCACUCAUCCCUUGGGCAGGCCAAACUUCACCAGGUACGAACAGGCUCUGGCAACUGGGUCUGGCAACACAGUGCUGGAAAAACCCGGGCAGUGCCUGGAGCAGUGAGUGCCCCACGCGUGGAGGCAAAGGAGUGGACCUUUGCCCUGACCCUGAGGGCUGAGCCUGAGAGUGUGUGGGUUGUGAAAUCUGUUGUGACCACCAGGCUUGUGGUGGGUGGACCCUCAGCUCUUCCUGUGAGCAACUUUGUGCUAAAGAAAGAGCACUGGAGCUGGGCGCAGUGGCUCACGCCUGUAAUCCCAGCACUUUGGGAGGCCAAGGUGGACGGAUCAGGAGUUCGAGACCAGCCUGGCCAACGUGGUGAAACCCUAUCUCUACUAAAAAUACAAAAAUUAGCUGGGCAUGGUGGCAUGCACCUAUAAUCCCAGUUACUCGGGAGGUUAAGGCAAGAGAAUCGCUUGAACCCAGGAGGCAGAGGUUGCAGUGAAAAAAAAAAAAACAAAAAAAAAACAGAAAGAGCACUGGACUUGGAGUCUAAACACCAGGUUCUACUCCUGACUCACCUGUGACUCAGGGCACCAGGUUCUACUCCCCGACUCACCUGUGACUGAGGGUAAGAAUGCUUCCUUCUCAGAGACUCAGUGUCCCUUUUAUAAAAUGAGGCUCAUUCUGUCCUUCCCCAAGGGCUUCAGGGAAACUCCAGUUAGAGCAGUGAGGUGCUAGGUAAACUCUGAGGGGCACCUUAACCACCGUGUGAGGUCAGGAGGUCUGAUUUCUCUAGUCCCCUCUCCCCAGGACAAGGGCACACAACUGACACAACUGGUUCCAUUCUGCCCCUCUCUCCCUCAGAUGCCAUGGAGCUGGAUCUGUCUCCACCUCAUCUUGGCAGCUCUCCGGAAGACCUUUGCCCAGCCCCCGGGACCCCUCCUGGGACUCCCCGGCCCCCUGAUACCCCUCUGCCUGAGGAAGUAAAGAGGUCCCAGCCUCUCCUCAUCCCAACCACCGGCAGGAAACUUCGAGAGGAGGAGCGGCGUGCCACCUCCCUCCCCUCCAUCCCCAACCCCUUCCCUGAGCUCUGCAGUCCUCCCUCACAGAGCCCCAUUCUUGGGGGCCCCUCUAGUGCAAGAGGGCUGCUCCCCCGCGAUGCCAGCCGCCCCCAUGUAGUAAAGGUGUACAGUGAGGACGGGGCCUGCAGGUCUGUGGAGGUGGCGGCAGGUGCCACAGCUCGCCAUGUGUGUGAAAUGCUGGUGCAGCGAGCUCACGCUUUGAGCGACGAGACCUGGGGGCUGGUGGAGUGCCACCCCCACCUGGCACUGGAGCGGGGUUUGGAGGACCACGAGUCCGUGGUGGAAGUGCAGGCUGCCUGGCCCGUGGGCGGAGAUAGCCGCUUCGUCUUCCGGAAAAACUUCGCCAAGUACGAACUGUUCAAGAGCUCCCCACACUCCCUGUUCCCAGAAAAAAUGGUCUCCAGCUGUCUCGAUGCACACACUGGUAUAUCCCAUGAAGACCUCAUCCAGAACUUCCUGAAUGCUGGCAGCUUCCCUGAGAUCCAGGGCUUUCUGCAGCUGCGGGGUUCAGGACGGAAGCUUUGGAAACGCUUUUUCUGCUUCUUGCGCCGAUCUGGCCUCUAUUACUCCACCAAGGGCACCUCUAAGGAUCCGAGGCACCUGCAGUACGUGGCAGAUGUGAACGAGUCCAACGUGUACGUGGUGACGCAAGGCCGCAAGCUCUACGGGAUGCCCACCGACUUCGGCUUCUGUGUCAAGCCCAACAAGCUUCGAAAUGGCCACAAGGGGCUUCGGAUCUUCUGCAGUGAAGAUGAGCAGAGCCGCACCUGCUGGCUGGCUGCCUUCCGCCUCUUCAAGUACGGGGUGCAGCUGUACAGGAAUUACCAGCAGGCACAGUCUCGCCAUCUGCGUCCGCCUUGUUUGGGUUCCCCACCCUUGAGAAGUGUCUCAGAUAAUACCCUGGUGGCCAUGGACUUCUCUGGCCAUGCUGGGCGCGUCAUCGAGAACCCCCGGGAGGCUCUGAGUGUGGCCCUGGAGGAGGCCCACGCCUGGAGGAAGAAGACAAACCACCGCCUCAGCCUGCCUACGCCGGCCUCCGGCACGAGCCUCAGUGCAGCCUGUUCCUGGUCCGGGAGAGUCAGCGGAACCCCCAGGGCUUUGUCCUCUCUUUGUGCCACCUGCAGAAAGUGAAGCAUUAUCUCAUCCUGCCGAACGAGGAGGAGGGCCGCCUGUACUUCAGCAUGGAUGAUGGCCAGACCCGCUUCACUGACCUGCUGCAGCUCGUGGAGUUCCACCAGCUGAACCGCGGCAUCCUGCCAUGCUUGCUGCGCCACUGCUGCACGCGGGUGGCCCUCUGACCAGGCCAUGGGCUGGCUCAUGCCUCAGCCCGCCUUCAGGCUGCCCACCGCCUCUCCAGCCAUCCAGUGGACUCUGGGACGUGGCAGCGGGGAACGGGAUGAGGAGCGGAAGGGUUCCCCCACUCCAGUUUUCUCCUCUGCUUCUUUGCCUCCCUCAGGUAGAAACCAGCCCCUGCUCCAGUUCACUCCUGACCCCUCUCCUCAAGGGAAGGCCUGGGGUGGCCCCUCCCCUUCUCCUAGCUCCGGAGUUGCUGCUCUAGGGCAGGGCAUUAUGGGAGAAUUGGGGGCAGCCCAGGCAGUCUCAUGCCCCACACUCUGUACAGACUGAGAGGCCAGUUGAUCUGCUCUGUUUUAUACCAGUGACAAUAAAGAUUAUUUUUUGAUAUA